CCUGGUGCCUUCUCUGCAGAUGAGGAUGAGGAUGGCGAUCGGAUCACGGUCAGGAGCGACGAGGAGAUGAAGGCCAUGCUGUCCUAUUAUUACUCCACUGUGAUGGAGCAGCAAGUGAACGGACAAUUGAUAGAGCCUCUGCAGAUCUACCCACGAGCCUGCAAACCUCCUGGGAAACGGAACAUACAUGGCCUCAAGGUACGAAUUUCAAUAAUUGUUUCAGCAAAGGCUUACCAUGUCCGUAGUGGAAAAAUCCUGGCAGUGAAGGUCAUACCCUUGGAUAUAACACUGGAGCUCCAGAAGCAGAUCAUGUCAGAGUUAGAAAUUCUUUACAAGUGUGACUCCUCGUAUAUCAUAGGAUUUUAUGGUGCUUUUUUUGUAGAAAACAGGAUUUCAUUGUGCACAGAGUUCAUGGAUGGGGGGUCUCUGGAUGUUUAUAGAAAAAUUCCAGAACACGUUCUCGGAAGGAUAGCGGUGGCUGUUGUGAAAGGCCUGACCUAUUUAUGGAGCCUGAAGAUUUUACACAGAGAUGUGAAGCCCUCCAACAUGCUGGUGAACACGCGGGGCCAGGUGAAGCUCUGUGACUUUGGGGUCAGCACCCAGCUGGUGAAUUCCAUAGCCAAGACGUAUGUUGGAACAAAUGCUUAUAUGGCGGUAAGUGAUGCAGGAAUCACAUUUCAGUGCAAUUAUUUGUCCUCACUCUUGUUCUGUUCACUUGCUCUUGGGAGGUUUCCAUAUCCUCAGAUUCAGAAAAACCAGGGAUCUUUAAUGCCUCUCCAGUUAUUGCAGUGCAUUGUUGAUGAGGAAUCGCCGGUGCUUCCAGCCGGGGAGUUCUCGGAGCCAUUUGUGCACUUCAUCACUCAAUGCAUGAAGAAGCAGCCGAAGGAAAGGCCAGCACCUGAAGAUUUAAUGGGCCACCCGUUCGUGGUGCAGUACAACGACGGCAAUGCCGAGGUGGUGUCCAUGUGGGUGUGCAGGAUGCUGGAGGAGCGCCGGGCGCAGGGACCCCAGUGAGCCCCGGAUCCCCACGCCAGGAUCUCCACCUGGGGACUCUCAGCUUAUCCAGCUCCUGUUUCAUCCAGCUGUGUCCUAGGAGCAUCGACAACAUCAGGGCUGCCUUUUCCUCACCACUGCCACGUUAAGGAAUUUUCUUAAUUGUUUCUUUUGUCGCUGAGCAAUUUCCAGGUUUAUCUUCAGUUAUACUGUACACAGCCUUAAAGCAAGUAUUUUAUAUCUCUAUUUUUGGGUUACUGGAUGUUCUGUUUCCUGACUCCAGAGUAUUUUUUAACUGUUGCUCCUUUCCAAGUGUCCAGAGGAUUUCCUGACAAGUUGGUGGCUGUCUCUGAGUGCAGGCAGCCACUCAAUACUGGGUUUAAGUGUAAAACAAAA